AGACUGUGUGAGUUGCAUCGCAGACUGUAUACGGCAGCCACACGGAAGAAACAGUCUUUUUUCCUGUCGGCGCCGGGACGGGCUGACCUCUGAGGCCGUGUUCACAGCAAUAACCCACUCACACGCGAAGACCCACGACCCGCAGUCAAAAUGGUGAACUUCACUGUGGAUCAGAUCCGUGCCAUCAUGGACAAGAAGUCCAACAUCAGGAACAUGUCUGUGAUUGCCCAUGUUGAUCACGGAAAGUCAACUCUGACUGACUCCCUGGUGUCCAAGGCGGGAAUCAUUGCUUCUGCUCGGGCUGGAGAGACCCGCUUCACAGACACACGCAAAGAUGAACAAGAGCGCUGUAUUACCAUCAAAUCAACGGCAAUCUCCUUGUUCUAUGAGCUCAGCGACAAUGACUUGGCAUUUAUCAAACAGUGUAAAGAUGGCAGUGGCUUCCUGAUCAACCUGAUUGACUCUCCGGGUCAUGUUGAUUUCUCUUCUGAGGUUACUGCUGCCCUCAGGGUAACUGAUGGAGCCCUGGUGGUGGUGGACUGUGUCUCAGGUGUGUGUGUCCAGACUGAGACUGUACUGCGGCAGGCUAUUGCUGAGCGCAUCAAGCCUGUUCUGAUGAUGAACAAGAUGGACCGGGCUUUGCUUGAGCUUCAGCUGGAGCCCGAGGAGCUCUACCACACCUUUCAGCGUAUAGUUGAAAACGUCAACGUUAUUAUUUCCACCUAUGGAGAGGAAGACGGAGGACCAAUGGGUAACAUAAUGAUUGAUCCUGUGAUUGGUACAGUUGGGUUUGGUUCUGGCCUUCAUGGAUGGGCUUUUACAUUGAAGCAGUUUGCUGAGAUGUAUGUUGCGAAGUUUGCUGCAAAAGGGUAUGCUCAGUUGGGACCAGCAGAGCGGUGUAAGAAAGUGGAGGACAUGAUGAAGAAACUAUGGGGUGACAAAUAUUUUGAUCCAGCUGCUGGCAAGUUCAGUAAGAGUGCAACUGGCCCGAACGGUGAAAAAUUUCCUCGCACCUUUAGCCAGCUUGUUUUGGAUCCAAUUUUUAAGGUGUUUGAUGCGAUAAUGAAUUUCAAGAAGGAAGAAGUAGCCAAGCUAAUUGAGAAGCUGGGCAUCAAACUGGACACAGAAGAUAAGGACAAGGAGGGGAAACCCCUUCUGAAGGCUGUGAUGCGUCGCUGGCUGCCUGCUGGGGAGGCCCUUCUCCAAAUGAUCACCAUCCAUCUGCCUUCCCCUGUCACAGCACAGAGGUAUCGUUGUGAGCUGCUCUACGAAGGCCCUGGAGAUGAUGAGGCUGCCAUGGGCAUAAAGAACUGUGAUCCCAAGGCUCCUCUCAUGAUGUAUAUUUCCAAAAUGGUCCCAACCAGUGACAAAGGUCGCUUCUAUGCCUUUGGCCGCGUCUUCUCCGGUUGCGUGUCCACAGGCCAGAAGGUGCGCAUUAUGGGACCCAACUUCAGUCCUGGCAAAAAAGAGGACCUCUACCUCAAACCCAUCCAGAGGACAAUUCUGAUGAUGGGUCGGUAUGUAGAGCCUAUCGAGGAUGUCCCAUGUGGAAACAUUGUGGGUCUUGUUGGAGUAGACCAGUUCCUGGUUAAGACAGGGACCAUAACCACGUUUGAGCAAGCCCACAACAUGAGGGUGAUGAAGUUCAGCGUGAGUCCUGUAGUCAGAGUUGCUGUGGAGGCCAAGAAUCCAGCUGAUCUUCCCAAGCUGGUAGAGGGCUUAAAGCGCUUGGCUAAAUCUGAUCCCAUGGUGCAGUGUAUCAUUGAGGAGUCUGGAGAGCAUAUCAUAGCUGGAGCAGGAGAGUUGCAUCUGGAGAUCUGCCUUAAGGAUCUGGAGGAGGAUCAUGCCUGCAUUCCCCUCAAGAAAUCCGACCCAGUGGUGUCUUACAGAGAGACGGUCAGUGAAGAAUCAGACCAGAUGUGUCUUUCCAAGUCUCCCAACAAGCACAAUCGCCUCUAUAUGAAGGCCCGACCCUUCCCAGAUGGCCUGGCUGAGGCUAUCGACAAAGGGGAUGUCACCUCUCGGCAGGAGCUUAAGACUCGUGCACGUUACCUGGCUGAAAAGUUUGAGUGGGAAGUAACAGAAGCAAGGAAGAUCUGGUGCUUUGGUCCAGAUGGAACUGGGCCAAACCUGCUGAUAGACAUAACAAAAGGGGUACAGUAUCUCAAUGAGAUCAAGGACAGCGUGGUGGCUGGUUUCCAGUGGGCAUCUAAAGAGGGUGUUCUGUGUGAGGAGAACAUGCGCGCUGUUCGCUUUGACAUACAUGACGUGACACUUCAUGCAGAUGCGAUCCACCGUGGCGGAGGUCAGAUUAUCCCCACAGCUCGUCGAGUGUUGUACGCCUGCCAGCUCACGGCACAGCCCCGCCUGAUGGAACCUGUCUACCUGGUGGAGAUACAGUGCCCAGAGCAGGUGGUCGGUGGGAUCUAUGGCGUGUUAAACAGGAAGCGAGGCCACGUGUUUGAGGAGUGUCAGGUGGUGGGCACGCCAAUGUUUGUGGUGAAAGCAUACAUGCCAGUCAAUGAAUCCUUUGGGUUUACAGCUGACCUGCGCAGUAACACAGGAGGCCAGGCUUUUCCUCAGUGUGUGUUUGAUCACUGGCAGAUUCUCCAAGGAGAUCCCUUUGAUGCCACUUCCAAACCCUCCCAGAUCGUGGCUGAAACCAGAAAACGUAAAGGUCUGAAAGAAGGCAUCCCCGCCCUUGACAACUACUUGGACAAACUUUGAAUAGUUUGUGGAAUUAAAACCAAAUUAAUCUCCAAACCCUACCCCAUGGACACUUAAAAAAAAAAAAAAAAAGAUCUGUGCACAGGCUUAAAACUAUAUUGCUCAAAUUUUGACUUAAGUCAGGAACUUAAAUGAUGGUGCAGUUUUUGUUAGAAGAUGGUGUAAGCAAGUAUGCUUAUUGUCCUCAUUUCACAGUUACAGUACACCAAGUGCCUUGGGCGAGGGUUUUGGGUAAAAAUUUGGCAUGAAACAGUUGUAUUACCAAUUCUGUUUUUCUUUUCUCAACAUCACCUUCUGCCCAACACAUGCCAUGAUGGGCCUGUAUAGUGCACUGUGAUACUGCUGCAAUAAUACAUAAAGGAAAUUGGUUAUGACCAGUAAAAACCACAGAAUUAAGUGUUACACAGCUCGUACUUCCUGAAUUGGACUUUUGUUCAGUGGAUGCUAUGAAUAAAUACAUUUAAUCCA